AUGGUCCAGUUCCUGGUCUGGGGUGCCGACUUCUUCAACUCGGAUACUGACCAGCCUGCCGUCGUCCAACCUCCUCCCGCAGAAUACAUAAGACUAAAAAGACAACGGAAGACGGAUGGCACCUACAACAAGAUGUGUGCCGCGCCUGCGGGCACGGGCGUCCUGGGACCCCUGAUUGAAGAGGCGAUGGGCCAGGCAGCCUUUGACACUGCCAAGGCCAUUUAA